UGAGCAGCUCCCUCCCAUCCAGUCUGCAGAUUUCUGACUUCCCUGCUCAUCCAAGGAGGCUCUUCACAUCAUCACCAUGGCUCCCAAGAAAGUCGAGUCCAAGAAGCCUGAACCCAAGAAGCCUGAACCCAAGAAGGAGGCCGCUCCGGCCCCAGCAGCCCCCAAACCAGCUCCACCGCCCGAACCAGAAGCCCCAAAAGAACCCCCAUUUGAUCCCAAGGCCAUCAAGCUGGAGUUCACCCCUGAGCAGAUCGAAGAGUUCAAAGAGGCAUUUCAACUGUUUGACCGCACGCCAAAAGGAGAAAUGAAGAUUACGUAUGCCCAGUGCGGGGACGUAAUGCGAGCUUUGGGCCGAAACCCAACCAACGCUGAAGUGCUGAAGGUCCUGGGGAAACCCAGACCGGAGGAAAUGAACUCUAAGCUGGUGGACUUUGAGACCUUCUUACCAAUGCUGCAGCAUAUCUCCCGCUCAAAGGAUCAGGGCAACUUUGAGGAUUUCGUGGAAGGACUAAGAGUUUUUGACAAGGAGGGCAAUGGCACCAUCAUGGGGGCCGAGCUACGGCACGUUCUGGCCACGCUGGGCGAGCGGAUGACAGAGGAUGAGGUGGAUCGACUGAUGGCUGGGCAAGAGGAUGCCAACGGCUGCAUCAAUUACUCUUCAUUUGUCAAACAUAUUCUUUCUGGCUGAACUGGAUUUAUAGGUGCUAACUGAAUGGAUGAUGUGGGUAAAUAGUCAGUGUGGGUAAAUAAGAAAACUAUUUUUUAUUUUUAUUCCCCCCCUCUGAAAUAUAGUUGAAAUAAUCCUUCAUUUUAUUUGAAUGGUGUUAAACACCACAUUGAAGUUUACACUCCCUCUUCAAGAUUUUUUUUUUUUU